CUCGCACUGCUGGCCGAGCCCUGUUUGUAGUAGUGGAAUGGUUGUUUCCAGUGGCAUGGUUCGCUCAGCAUCCUGCAUCCUCAGCAUGGCUGCAUUCCUCUUACUGACAGCCCCCCUCCUCCAGCUCUGCACCGGACACCAAGGACCUUCAGAUCUCCCUGGCAAGAUCGGUAAUGACAUAGAAAGAGGGUGUUCUGCAUGGUACAUACAUGAUGGAUGUGUGCAUGUACAGUAUGCAUGCAUGUAUGUAUGUAUGUAUGUAUGUAUGGGAUGUAUGCAUAGUAUGUACGUGUAUAUAAUGUAUGUAUGCACAUUCUGCAUGUAUGUAUGUAUGCACAUUCUGCAUGUAUGCACAUUCUGCAUGUAUGUAUGUAUGCACAUUCUGCAUGCAUGUAUGUAUGUAUGUAUGUAUGCACGUUCUGCAUGUAUGUAUGUAUGUAUGCACAUUCUGCAUGUAUGUAUGUAUGUUCUGCAUGUAUGUAUGCACAUUCUGCAUGCAUGUAUGUAUGUAUGUAUGCAUAUUCUGCAUGUAUGUAUGCAUGCACAUUCUGUAUGUAUGCAUAGUAUGUACGUGUAUAUUAUGUAUGGGAUGUAUGGGAUGUACGUGUAUAUAAUGUAUGUAUGCAUGCACAUUCUGUAUGUAUGUAUGUAUGUAUGUAUGUAUGCAUGCAUGCACAUUCUGUAUGUAUGUAUGUAUGCAUGCAUGCACACACAUUCUGUAUGUAUGUAUGUAUGUAUGUAUGCAUGCAUGCAUGCAUGCUUUGGCCAUUGUCAUUCAGCAUCUUUCCUCUUUUGUAAUGAAUGGUAUAUACACAAGGCUUUAGUAGUAGGUGAGAAAUCUUCAAGCAGCUAGAUGCAGGGCAGCACUUUUCAUUUGCUGCCCAUCAGUAAGGAACAGAUAUGUGUUCAGGAAUUAUAGUGGGGUUGGCUCUAACUCUAACUGCAUACCUUCUCAUACAUCUAGCACAAGUCACAUAGAGCAUCUCAAUACUGCCAGGUUCUUUCAUGUAAUUCAGGACCUAUGAGAUGUAAGGGCUGUUAAAAUAACCAGAAAAUUCACUAACCAUGUCCAAAAAGGGUUGCAUUUGUGUGUGUGUGUAUGUAUUUAUACCAUUCAUCAAUUGGCAAUGUAGUCUAAAUUGUAUAUAAAUUUUAGGACACAAUAGCAGAGCUGGAAAAAUGGCUUGAAUGGAAACUCCAGGCACCAAUACAAAUUUAGUUCAUUUGAAAGGAUUUGGCCUCAUUAAUAUGGUAUAUAUUUUUUACCAUUCUCACAUCUUUAUAGUUUUUGCAUAAAAUAAACUUUUUUUUUUUUUGCAGCAUGCUGCAACAUAAAUCUCCCUAAUUAACCACACCCCUCAUGCCAGAAAAAAGAAAUCCCAAAAAUGUAUGAAUGUAUAUAGUUAUUAUGCUGCACUAUUUAACUUCCAAAGAACCAAAAUAAUGUCUGGUGCAGAAAUAUAGUGAAUGAGGUCCAAUACAGGUAGGUGUAUGUAUGUAUGUAUGUAUGUGUGUGUGUGUAUAUAUAUAUAUAUAUAUAUAUAUAUAUGUAUGUAUGUAUGUAUAUAUAUAUAUAUAUAUAUAUAUAUAUAUAUAUAUAUAUAAUUUCAAAUAAUUAAAUUAUAAUCUGCGUAUUUCAUCAUCCAUAUUGAUAGUAAAUGUUGUUUAUUUCAAAUAAUAUUUUUUUAUUUUUGUCUCUUCAAUGACUGAGCUAUAUGCUCAUCCACAUCCCAUAUGGACUAUAUAAACCAUCUAUUGUGGAUGUGCCUUAUGCCAACACUCGACCGUCCAACAUAGCUGUAGAAUAAUCAUACUUUUUGCAUGUUAUUUCACCUGUACAUUUUUAUUAUAAUAGGGCUUGCAUGGUGACUUUACAUUUUGACCUCUUUAAAGAACACCAUGUUUUUCAUUGCUCGAUAUACUUAUAAUUACAGAAUAAACAAUGUUGUGUAUGCAGUGUCAUAUAUAAAAUAAGUUAAUCAAAAUACAAAACAAUGAGCCAUUUAAACACUCUUGAUUAUGUAUGUAUCUCGAGUAUAUAUGUUGGUGAAUGUAAAGCAGUAGUGCCCACACUAUAUCUGUGUAAAGGGACAGACAUUGAUUGCAGUGUUUAACAGUACCAGUCAGACUAAGACUAAAAUCCUGUGUUAAAUAACAUAAUGUCUGCUGGUAAAACUAUUUAAAACAUGCAUUAUCCCCAGUCUGAUGCACACAGUGCAACACAAAUAUCCACUGUUAAUACGUAUGACUGUGUCCCCAGAAGUGCUGAUAUAAGGUCUGGUAGGAUGUAUAGCUUUGUUUCGAUGAUCUGUAACCAUAGCUAAUUCGAAAGUUUUUUUUUUUUUCUUGUUCCUAUUCCCAGCUGUGGUAGGUGCAGGUGUUGGGGGAUCCGCUGUAACCUACUUUCUACACCAGCAAUUUGGCCCCCAGGUGCAGAUUGAUGUGUAUGAAGCAGAUCGUAUUGGGGGUCGAUUGGCCACCCUGACUGUAAAUAAUCAGCUGUAUGAGUCAGGAAGUCCAUCAAUCCAUUCACUGAAUCUCCACAUGCAGGACUUUGUUAAACUUCUGGGUAAGUCAUAAAGCAAACAGUCUUAUGUAGGCAUGAGGCCCAGUUUAAAGGGAUACUAUAAUUCCAGGAAUACAAAGCUGUAUUCCUGACACUAUCGCUACCCCUCCUUUAUGUCACUUUACUCUGCGUUAAAUAAAGGGUUAAAAAACCCUUUAUUUACUUACCGUAUCCCAGCGAUAAUGUCCUUCGCGCUGGGUAGAGACUCUGCACCCUCCGACGACCCGCGACGAAUGGGCACUAAUGUGCAUGCUCGGCAAAGGCCUUGCGCGCAUUAGACCUCCCCAUAGCAAAGCAUUGAAUCAAUGUUUUCCUAUGUGGAAAAAUCUGACGCUGGAUGUCCUUAUGCUGAGCAUGAGGACAUCCAGCGUCGGAUACCGGCCCAAAUGUCCAUUUGGAUGCAGGAAACACCUCCAUUGGCUGCAUGGGAGACAGCCACCCGAGACAGACUUCGAUCCAGACUGUAAUUCUCAGUCUGGAUCGAAGAGUUUUAUGGCAAUGUACUCCAAAACAUCUGGAGAACUGCUGUUGAACACUCCAAAACUCCUAAUCCUUGAUGAACUAGAAUACACCAAAUCGUGCAACUUGACAGUUUGAUUCUGCAGAAUGAAUGAUUUGUAUAAUGUAGUUUGUCAUCCAUAGGAAUUUGCAGGGGGUACUUUAAAGCUUAGGAAGUUUUGGGGGAAUGCAACUGAGCAAGGAAUGUAAUUCUGUCCAGUGUAUUGAGAAAUUGAUACUGGCGUAACCUAAACCGAUUUACCAAACAAUGAAUCACGAGGCUUCAACUCAAUAAUGUGCAUAGAAACUACAAGUUUAGUUAUAAGACAUUGGAAUAGGAAAAUUAACUUCUAAAUUAGUCGUCCUUCUGUUAAUGGUAAUGACAGGCUUAGAACACUUAGGCAACACUUAGCUCAUCUUAUAAUUUCCAUUCCAUGUUGGAUGGCUAAGUUGCACUUUUGUAGCAGUUGAGCCGCAGGAGAGAGAUGGUCAAUGGCACCCAAAGAUCCUUUGCCUCAUAAACUGUACCAUGAGCUGUAGUGGUUAUGGUGCUAAAGGGCCCCUUUAAGAUGAUUCAAUGCUACAAACUGGUAUAGGACACAAACCCAUAAAUAGUCUUGUGAUUUGUCUUCUUCAUGAUAAUUGCUUGCUUGUUGAAGGAAAAGGGGCAUCUUACUGGUAAGAAAAUCAGGUGGAAAGGAAGCUUUACCUAAAAGGAAAAAAACUAAAUGUAAUCUGUGAAGACUUCUUGCAUUACCAAUGUUUGCUGUAGCUUGGAAAUGUGUAUUCAUCAGAAAAUACAUUCAAUAUGGCCUAAUGUAUUGUCAACCCAGUAAUGGCAUAGGCCUUUUUAGGUGAAAAUGAGCAUUUAACCAUGUUCUCUCUCUGAUCACCCAGGACUCAGGCACCGGAGGGACGUACCUGGUAAGAGCGCCAUAUUCAAUGGUGAUCAACUAGUUCUGGAGGAGACAGACUGGUAUCUCCUAAAUCUUUUUCGUCUGUGGUGGCACUAUGGCAUCAGCUUUCUGAGGCUGCAGAUGUGGGUUGAGGAAGUCAUGGAAAAGUUCAUGAGGUACAUUUUUUUUCUCUUUUAUUUUUUUAUUCUUAUGUUCAUAUUAUUAUUGCUUGGGUGUGUUUUAUACUAAACCAAUUUCAAAGUCAAGUGCACAUCUCCCAUAUUGCUAUAGAAACUUACAGAAACUAUUGUAAGUUUCUAAAUUGAACUUGCUAUGCCAAAUACUUAAUGUCCUUUUGUUUUGUCCUGGUCUGCAAACUUUUCACAUUAUGCAUUGGGUUUCUGUUACGGUAUUGACUAAUUUUGUACAUUAGUGAGCUGAUUUAAAGAUGUGCUAAUAAAGUGGCCAACAAGUGUGUGUGUGUUUACGCAUUCGCAUGGUCACACUGAGGUUUUAUAAGCAGCCAUAUUAGUCCAUGGAUGCAAUAAUAUUGUUGUGGUAAUUGUAAUAACCUAUUUUAUGGGAGUAACAGAAUUUAGGAAUAGUAAAAGUUCAGGAGAUCAUUUAGACCAGGGGUGCCCAAAAGGUAGAUCCGCAGAUGUUUUAAAACUACAACUUCCAUGAUGCUUUGUCAUUCUAAAGCAGGCUUCCCCAAACUGUGGCCCUCCAGAUGUUGCUGAACAUCCUAAAGCCUAUCUAUUUAAUUCAUAGAAUCAUGGGAGUUGUAGUUCAGCAACAUCUGGAGGGCCGGAGUUUGGGAAAGCCUGUUCUAAAGGCAUUCAAAUUGCAUACAGUGCAUCAUGUGCGUUGUAGUUCUACAACAUCUGGGGAUCUACCUUUUGGGCACCCCUGAUUUAGACUUAGUAAAGGGAAUAUAUUUUCCUUUUCUACAUCUAUAUAUAUAUAGCAUUGAAUGCUUACAUAUGUAUGAAACUGAUUUUUAUAUACGGCUUCCUUGGCUGCUUUUAAAAUAGUUAAAUUUUUACUCAAAUAUCCAACAAAUGGUUUAUAAUUUCCAAAGGAAGGUCUAAUGAAGGAAUAUCGAUAGAUGUAGCUAUACAAUUCUAAAUGUUGAAUUAAUGACACUAAGACCCUGUCAUACUACUUUUGGGAUUUUUAAAUUAUUUUCUUGUCAUGAGCAAUGGCAAAUACCAAAUAAAUAGACUUUUCUUUUUACAUGAUUACAUUCUUUUUUUUGUUUAUUUAGGAUUUAUAAGUACCAGGCACAUGAAUAUGCAUUCUCCAGUAUAGAGGAGCUGUUGCGCUCACUGGGAGGAGAGCAUUUUGUGAAUAUGACGCAGAAAUCUGUUGCAGAAUCUUUAUUGGGAGUUGGAGUGACACAGCGCUUCAUUGACGAUGUCAUCAGUGCAGUGAUUAAAGCCAAUUAUGGACAAUCAGUUGCCAUCCCAGCACUAGUGGGUGUGUAAACAAGAAAAAAUAAAAUUAUGUUGUGGAUUUCCUUAUUCUGUAAUUUGACAAUAAGGAAAUGGGCGGCACAGAGGGUGGGCCGUGCCACUAUUGGAUUCCUGGUGCCAGCAUGCUGUGCAUACUUAUCACAGAAAUCCAAUGUGCACAGAAUUGAUAUUAGCCAUCCAGGAACUCUUGUUACACCUCCAGCAGGAAAGGGAUAAAUGUCUGUACAGCAUUUUAUAGCAAAACACACUACAUAUAUACUUCAAGCGCCAUAACUACCACAAAUCUCUGAAUUGGUCAUAGUGUUUGGACUAACCCUAUAAUUUGUACUUUUAUUCUGUCAUGCUAAAAGGACCACUAUAGUGCCAGGAAAACAAACUCGUUUUCCUGGCACUAUAGGGUCUUUGGGUCCCCCCCACCCUCAGGGUCCCACUCCCGCCGGGCUGAAGGGGGAGGAAGGGGUUAAAUUAUUACCUUUCGCCAGCGCCGGGAUCUCUCCUCCCUCUUACGACGUCAUCCUCUGAAUGCGCAUGCGCGGCAAGAACCGCGCGAGCAUUCAAUCAGUACAUAGGAAAGCAUUUCUCAAUGCUUUCCUAUGGACGGCAGCAUCUUCUCACUGUGAAAAUCACAGUGAAAAGCGCGGUAGGGCCUCUAGCGGCUGUCAAUGAGACACUAGAGGCUGGUUUAACCCUAAUGUAAACAUAGCAGUUUCUCACAGCUGCAGGGUUAACCCUAGAUGGACCUGGCACCCAGACCACUUCAUUGAGCACACUGACCAGUGCUAGCCCUGCUAAAACUUCUUGUUAUACUAGUCUCUGGUUGGUCAAGCUUAUGGUAGAGGGCAGGGCUUGCAGUAGCUGUUGUAAGCUUAUACUUUAUAUACCCCCAAAAAAAACUUGCAAAAGAAAAUGUAUACAUGUUUCCUUUGGGGGUUCAUCUACUAAAUGGUUACAAAUGAUUUUCAUUGUAGUGUUUCUUUAAAGGGACUCUGUAGGCACCCAGACAACUUCAGCUCAUUGAACUGGUCUGGGUGCAGUGUCCCUAUUGCCCUUAGUGCUGCAAUGUAAAACAUUGCAGUUCCAUAGAAACUGCAAUGUUUACAAGUCCUUCGUGAAUUAAAACGGACCUUUUGGUCCGAUAUCUGAUGCUGGACGUCCUCACACUCUGCAUGAAGAACUCCAGCAUCAUAUUUUUCCCCAUAGGAAAGCAUUGAUUCAGCAUUGUUUUGCCGCGCAUGCCUAUUAGAGCCCACUCAUCGCGGGCGUUAGAGGAGGAUCUUUGACCCAGUGCCGAAGGACAUCAUGCUGGAAUAGGGUGAGUAAAUAAAGGGUUUUUAACCCUUUUUUCACCUGGGAGGGGGAUGGCAGGGGGAGCGACAGUGCCAUGAAUACAGCUUUGUAUGCCUGGCACUAAAGUAUCCCUUUAAUUUAUGUUAUUGGUAGUUGGUGAGUCCCAUUCAUUACAAGAUCUUAUUAAUGGGCAGCCACUCAUUAUUUUUAACAAGUUAAUUUUAAAUAACAGCAGCCCUUUUCUUCCACAUUUAAUUUUAUACAUGGCAGCUAUAAAUGUAUUCCUCUGUUACUACUACAACCAGCUCUGUCCCAGUGUUUAAAUCUCAUUGCCUACUUUUUUAACUUUUACACAUAACUGUGUAAAAAAGAUGCAUCAUCUCUGUUUUGUCUUUUCAUGCUAAAAGUUUGAGAACAGGGUGGAGUGACACAAUCUUAUUCUGAACCCCCAACAGGGGCCAUGUCUUUGGCUGGAGCUCAGGGGAACAUGUGGGCCGUGGAAGGAGGUAAUAAGUUGGUUUGUUCAGGACUGCUGAAAAUGACCAAAGCCAAUGUACUCCAUGCAAAGGUGAAGGCAAUCUCUCUGCACAGCUCAGGUACAGUAUUUUAUCUCUUUGAUCCUACUCAUUUGUGGUAUUUGUGCGAGUUUGGUUCCCGGAUCUCCGUGGAGUCACGGGAGGAGGAGCCCCAUCCAGUGCCGAGGCACCUCGGAGCUGGAAUCAGGUAAGUGGAAAUUUUUUUUUAUCCCUUUCUUGACUGCACAGUGUGGCAGCAGAGCCAGACGGACACUGUAGUGCUUGGAAUACAGUUUUGUAUUCGAAACACUAUAAUGUUCAAUGAAAGGUUUCUUCAAUCAAAAACUUUUCAUAGAAAGCACAGUCUUUGUCAGAGUAGCCCUUUCUAUCCUGGUUCUGCUCUGCCCCCAACCUUCCCAACAUGGAAAAAAUAAAAUAGCUAAAGUUCACUUCAAUCCAAGGCCAAGUUCUUCCUGCAGCCUGAUCUUCUUCUGCUGAUGUCACCCCUCCUCUUGAGGGGAAAGCAAGCAGAGGGGAUGACAUGGGCAGCAUUGAGGGAGACGGGACAUUGGCUGUCUAUUUCCAGUGUGCUCUGUGUGCUGAUAACAAAGCCCAAACAUGCACAGAAUUAACAUCAGCCAUCCGGAGCAUUUGUUUUAGGUUGACUAAUGACUUCUCAAUGAAGCUGCCGAUAACUGUAGUGCAAGAAGUUCCCUGGCACCACCCCAGUGUAAGUAGUUAAACAUUUUGACAACUUACAAAUAAAAUGAGAACUCUGAGAACGGACAAAAGCUUGGAGAAACUUAAUAGCUUGCGCUUCGGUAAAUCCCCGCUCAGGUCUCAAAAUCACUUUUGCUCACUUGUGCCAUUACAGAGAGACCAUAUUUGAAGCAUAUUAGACUGGUCCCACCCGUACGGGCAGUCCAGAAUUGAAAUGCCAACAAGUUCCCUUUGCACGAGAGAUACAGCAACCCUAGACAAUCGUUUCGGCCUUCUUUGGGCCUCCUCAGUGCAGUGUAGCUGAUAUCACUCUAGGCACAGUGAGCACGGGGUCCAUGUCUGGAUUAGCCUUUUAACUUGGGGAGAGCCAAGUUAAUGGAUCACUAUAGGGUCAGGAACACAAACAUGUAUUCCUGACCCUAUAGUGUUAACACCACCAUCUAGCCCCCCUGGGCCCCUCAUGCCUUCAUAAUUAUAGUUGAAAUCUUACUGUAUUCAAGCCUGAAGCUGUAGAUCUGCAUGCUGUUUGCCUCAAAAAAACAACAAAAAACCAACAGUCUGCUGACAUCAUCAGAAGUGGUAGCCUGAUCCAAUCACAAUGCUUCUCCAUAGGAUUGUCUGAGAAUGACAAGGAGGCAGAUCAGGGGCAGAACCAGCAUGAUUCAAAAACAGCCCUGGCCAAUCAGCAUCUCCUCAUAGAGAUGAAUUGAAUCAAUGAAUCUCUAUGAGGAAAGUUCAGUGUCUGCAUGCAGAGGGAGGAGAUACUGAAUGUUUGGAUGCAUUUUAGGCAGCCACGACCCUGGAAGGAUCUCUAACAGCCAUCUGAGGAGUGGCCAGUGAAGUUAUCACUAGGCUGUAAUUUAAACACUGCAUUUUCUCUGAAAAGACCGUUUACAGCAAAAAGCCUAAAGGUAAUGAUUCUACUCACCAGAACAAAGUCAAUAAGCUGUAGUUGUUCUGGUGACUAUAGUGUCCCUUAAUGGAUUGCAACAAAAACAAAGAAUUUUAGAAUUCUGAGAAUGGACAAAAGCUUAGAGAAACUUAAUAACUUGCCCUUCAGUAUAUCACCGCUCAGGUCUCAAAACCAUUUAACAGUUUGACAACUUACCUGGUGUCUGAUGCUGGGGUCACCACCUCCAUUGAGGGCUGGAAACUCCUACAUGGGGAUCUUCUGUGUUAAGCCCUGCUAUGUAGAGCUGGCUCAUUGACAGUGUCAGCUGGGCACUCUCAACCAAUGAGAUAUGCCAUGCAACAAUGGGCUAGCUCAGAGCAGAGAGCUACCCACUUUCAGUGGAGGAAGGAUCAAGUGCCCAGCAGGCCCACACAUAAUUUUCAAAUCUAAAUCACUAUUUUUGUGAAGGUAAGGGGCACCAGAGCAGUCCUGGCACCAUAACCAUUUAGCAUGUUUCUUUAAAUAAACUGCUUAAUGCAUUGUAAAUGGGAGAGUUCCAUAUGCCCCAUUAAAGCGGAUACUAUUAUCUCAUCAAACAGAAAAUUGAUGAGACCCCUGGUCAUUAAAAGGGAUACACCAGUGGAUAUAUCAUAGUGACUGUGUGUACUUGGACUUAAUUGUAGAAGUUAAAAUAAAAACAGUAGAAGCAGUCUGUUACCUACUCCAAUGCUGCCACCUGUGCACACAACCCUUCAAUAAAUAGAUAUACAGGGAUGCCGUAUGUAGAAGGGAAUAUAUUUGUCACAUGUCCAAUAAAACUAUCUAUGUGUACCCUAUCAUGGCCAGCAUUAAGAUUUUCAGCAAUUUGAGCUACAGUAGAUUUUCUGUUUGACUGACUGGUUAGCCUUCGCUCCCUACUUGUAUCAAUGAGCCUUGGGCACCCAUGACCCUGAAGCCAGUUCACUGGUUGUCCUUCCUUGCACCACUUUUGGUAGGUGCUAACUACUGCAUACUGGGAACACCCUACAAGAUUUGUCGUUUUGGAUAUGAUCUGGCCCAAUCAUCUAGCCAUAACUAUUUGGCCCAUGUCAACGUCACAGUAUAUGUGCAAUCCAUAUUUAAUUUCUAGUAAGCAAUUGACUCAUGUUUAACUCACUAGUGGCAGUUUGCUUUGCUACAUUAAGCCUUGCGGUGUUAUCUUGUUACCUUGUUGUAAAAUGUCCAUUGCUCUUUAUGAUCUUUGCUUAACAUAUUUCACUUCACUGUGAGCUAUUUCUUUGUUUUGUCAAUCUCUGUUUUAUUAAGAUGUUAGCAUGAAACAUACAAAGCAUAAUGUAAAAUCAGAAUUUAACAGCUUGAUAUACAAUUCGAGUCAUUUUAAUUUCUGGAUGAUAAAACCAUCCCAUUUUUUAAAUGGAAUGAAAGGAAUAAAAGAACAGGUAGCAGUACGAAUGGUAGCAUUGGCAUAAUUAGAUUAGAUUAGGUGAUUAAGGAAGGCUAACAGAUCUCUGUUAACCAUCUUUAGACAUGUACUGCAGGUAGCAAUUUAUGCAUCAGACAGCAGAGGGCGCUGAACACUACUUCUUGCACGCAUUUUAAAUUGUACAUGAUUGUGUAAUAUUUGAACUUUCUUGAAUGUUGAAAUAAUUAGCAGUAAUAGUUACAAUGUUUAUGUAUUUACAAUUAAUAAUUUGUGUAACAGUAUUGAUUUUCUGUAUGUACUACAUUGUUUCUAUCUACCUUUGUUACACCGGUCGUUUUAUUUCUGCUUCCAUUGCAGAGAAGAAACCCCUUUAUGAAGUCCUUUAUGAUCAAGAAGGGGCCCUUGGUUCAGAAUUCUAUGAUCUUGUGAUUGUGGCUGCUCCUCUCCACAAGACUGGAUACGCUAUCUCAUUUCGUAAUUUUCAGCCUCCUCUCCAGCUACCGAUAGAUUCCUACCAUCGUGUUGUGUCAUCCAUUGUUCAUGGCUACCUCAAUUCAUCUUAUUUUGGCUUCACCGACCCAAAGCUUUUUCCGUUCUCCAGCAUUCUUUCCACGGACAGCCCAGACUCGUUCUAUCACAGCCUAGAAAACCUGUGCCCCAUCAACGUCACUGUUGGUUUUCGAAGGAAGCCCCCACAGGAAGCUGCAGUCUGGAGAGUGCUGUCACCACGACCUCUGGAAAGACGGGAACUAAAAACUCUUUUUAAGUCCUACUACUCAGUACAGGUAAUAGAAUGGCAGGCAUUCCCGAGCUAUGGAUCCACAGGCUCUUCACGGACUUUGCCUCCCAUUAUUCUUCACGAUGGCCUUUAUUACUCAAGUGGUGUUGAGUGGGCUGCUACCUCUGUGGAAAUGAGUGCUGUGGCUGCUAAAAAUGUGGCCUUGUUAGCAUUCAAUCGUUGGUUUGAACUAACUGAAAAAAUAGACCAGCAAGAUUUGUUACAUAAACUAAAAACUGAAUUGUAAGAAUAGAUUUCCUUUGUGAUGUUCAUGUCCAUAAUAGAGUAUCAAAGCACAUUAAGGCUAACACUGGAAUAGACACAGCAUCAAGCACAUAUCUCGCCACUUUAAUUACUGUACAGAAGAACAACGUUGAUUACACUGAAACUGGAUCAGGGAAAUGGAAGUCUUCAAAAGUGUCUUUUGAUCACUCUACAGGCAGCUCAUUUAAAAGGAACAACCCAUGUCACCCCCUUGUCACUGCCCAUAACAUGAUUGUUACAAAACUAUCUUUUUUUUUAAAAUGCAUAUCAUAUUGCAGCUUUAAUUAGAUCACAUUUUAAUUAAGACUUCAGAUAUUACAUAGGAAAAGAUGUAAUCUUAAUGAAGAUGCAGCUCAUACAAUUCUAAGUAGAACUUUGUGUCUGUUUGUAUUAUGUGAGAAAAAGCAAAAUGUAUAUUAGCCAUUCCUGUCCAUCAACACAGUAAAAUGGGACGUAAAAUUCAUUUGACCCAUUCAGCUCAAUAAUAAAUAAAGCCUAAUAGAUCGGCAUCCAUAGCUGCAUUGAACUAAAAGUCAUGCUGCACUUAAUGUAUUGUUAGAAAAAGGCCAAAAGGCCUGGGAACUUAACCAUGCUCCCAUUGAGCCAUAGAUCAUAUUCAGAAAGAUGGUUGAUGAUGAUGAAUUAGUCCCUAUCUUACCUUAAUAUAUAUAUUUAAAAAGGACACAUUUUGGGGAAAAUACUUUGCAGCCAAAUUUUGCCAAGAAUUAUGUAAACUUGACCUAAUCUAUUAGCAGUUGUCAACACCGCUCUAAACUAUUAAUCAAAUGUCCAAAGGAUAAUGAAAUAUCCAAAUGAAGUAUAAUGGUUCAUAAUGUAAGCAUCAACUAUUUAUAUAUCAAUGUAAUUAUUUAAUUUUUAGUGAAAGGGGUCAACUUGUUCCUCUGAUAAUAUUUUUUGUUUGUUUGUGCUAAAAAUGUUUUGUUAAAAUGUACUAAGUAAGUUAAUAUUCCUUAGUAUGAUGGUUUAUUCCAUUAGACCAUUCAUCAACAAUCAUAUCUAAAGGGAAACUAAAGGCACCUAGACCACUUCAUCUCAAUUAAGUAGUCUGGGUGCAGACCCCUGCCGUUUUAGCCCUGCAAUGUAAAAUCUUGCUGUUUCCAGUAGAUAUAGCAGUGUUAAACACAGCUCUAAUGGCUGUCGUCUGGCAUCCACUAGAGGUGCUUCCACACUCAUAACUGAUUUUGCUUCAAUUAUGUCAUGUUUAAAGGACCACUAUAGUGCCAGGAAAACAUACUCAUUUUCCUGGCACUAUAGUGCCCUGAGGGUGCCCCCACCCUCAGGGACCCCCUCCCGCCCGGCUCUGGAAAGGGGAAAGGGUUAAAAACGUACCUUUUUCCAGCGCUGGGCGGGGAGCUCUCUGCCUCCUCUCCUCCUCCGUUACGCCCCGCCGGCUGAAUGCGCACGCGCGGCAAGAGCUGCGCGCGCAUUCAGCCGGUCUCAUAGGAAAGCAUUUACAAUGCUUUUCUAUGGACGCUGGCGUGCUCUCACUGUGAAAAUCACAGUGAGAAGCACGCAAGCGCCUCUAGUGGCUGUCAAUGAGACAGCCACUAGAGGAAAUAGGGGGAAGGCUUAGGGGGAAGGCUUAACCCAUUGACAUAGCAAUUUUUUCGUUACUUGGAAUCAAGCACGAGACAAAGCUCUGGCGGAGAUAGGAUUGAAAAUUCUAUAAAAAACAAAGACCUAGCAAUAUUGAGCUUACCGGGAAGUGAGGAGGGUCUUCCUCAUACAUGCACUCCUUGCAAUGGAGAAGCUCAAUACGUCUGUUGCCAGGGGAAACGCAGCACAUACAGAUUCCUACCAACAUGACAACUUCAAAUCACUGAAGUGGUCAUGGUGGUUGGAGUAACCCUUUAAUUUGUAAGGCAUACAUUUCUAUAUAUUUUCAUACAGACCAGUUAUUUAUGAGAUGUCAAUAUAUUGUGCACGGUUGUCAAAUCAUCUGGCAGUAGAUACUGUUGUUGUUGUUCUUAUUUUAUGAACUUGUUUGUCUUGGAAUUAAUGAAGCUGUGAGGCUUGAGAAAAUAAAAUGCCACAUUUCGUUUUUUAAAUAUAUUCUCUGCCGCAAUUUAUAAAAAACAUCUGUAAUGAAAAGCUGCAGUGCAAAGAGAAUUCUUCUUGUGAUCCGUGUAGUGAAACACUCACUUACUGUCUACAUAAUCAGCUGAAUGACUCCCAUAUUUCUGCUUCGUGAUGUUUUUCACCGUCUUCGGUACAUUAUGAUGACUAAACCACCUUAGUUGGAACAUAUAGAGCUGGAUGUGUCGUGUAUUACUCUGCCCUCUUUUGGUCAUGUAUAGUUACGUGCUACUGUCCAAAUAUUAAAAAAAAAAAUUCUAUUGUUUUUUUUAUGAGCUAUUUUAAUUAAUUUAUUGUCAACAAACUCCACCACUUCUCUAAAGUUUUUUUUAAAAUUUUUUAAUUUUGAGUUGGAGAGAACAUUUUGUUUAUUUAUUGUUCUAGACUGUUGCCAAUGUCUCAUUUGACUUACGUAAGUUUACAAUUCAUUGUCACAUUUGUAACUUUUCAUAGUCUGCAAAUGCUUUGCAUAUUUCAAUAAAGUCUCAAAAUUUAAAAAAUGUACCCCACCAACUGACAUCUUGACAGUCCUGUGUACAAUGUUAUAUUUAUGUUUUAGAAGGAUGCUGUAUAAAACCUUCAUUUAAAG